UCUUUUUUCAGAACCUUUUUUUCGAAUUGGUUACCAAAAUCUCUUGAAAUUGAGAAAAUCUGAAAUUGGAUAAUUUUCCUACAGUAGUCUAAAUUAAUGUACCUGGUAGAUAGAUACAUAUACUUCGGACAUUGGAGCAUAAAUUUCCUACUGCACCUGGUGAACAUAGUUACAGAGUUCUAUACGUAACACAGCUCCGUACAUAACAAACGUAUGUUACCUGGAGCACGCCGGGUUACAUAGUGUGCCCAGUUUACCCGGUACACCUUGUACGAGUAUAUACCUCGUAUCUACCGGUGGCUAAAACAUACGUAUGCAUAGUUGCGUCCGCGCUUUGGCUCGUCGUUGGCGUUACGGAACUGCGUAUAGGUAUAAGUAAGGUAUACCGUAUACACGCUCUGUACCGGGUAUCCCGUAUCCCGGUAUCCCCUGAUCCCACGAAGAGUGAGCGAAGCGGCGUUCGCAGGCUACGGGUAACUCCACCUGACCCCACCCCGGCAACCCGCAACCCCCGCAGGCGUCGCGCCUCCCCCAAAGCGACGCGGCGAACGAACGGAUAGGAGGCACUGGGAGGCACGACCGAUGGCAGCAGCAACAGCAGCAGCAGCUACGAACCAAGGAACGAAAGGCACCCCGCGCCUGCUGCCGUCAGUCUAUCGGCAACCUGCGAACUAGACGUAUCGCGGUGCUUACGUAAUAAACAUUAUUAUUAUUAUUAUUAUUGUCAAUUACUUGUCAGUGUUAUUUUAAUACUUUAAUUUUCGCGCUUCGGUACGUUUUUCAUUUGCUUGGAUAGACAGGUAGCCCAUCAUAUCACACGUACAAAAAUACACACAGAAACACACGAUAUCCCUCUCUCUCGAUCACCGAUUUGUUAUCUAUUAUUUCACGCGUAUUAUGCGCAUACUUGUUUGAUGUAACAGAUUCGACGUUUAUAUAUUUAUAUAUAUGUAUGUAUAAAUAUGGAAAAUUUACGAAGUGUAUUCAUACAAUAUACGAGUAACGAGGGGGGAUCGCCGGCAUUAUAAAAAAAUUUAUACAGAAGAACCACAAUCACGUAUAAUGCAAAAGUAAUCAAAGUGUGGAUCGCGGUUGGAGAUGCAAUUAUUAUACCGUUGUUGAACGAUAAGAAAAAAUCUAAAAUAACAAUAAGAAUAAAAUAACAAACUACCAAGAUCGAUCCUUAUGUAGUUUCUUGGUAUAUAUCGAUUGUUUCAAAAUAGACGUGUAGAACACACCUGCUCAACGCCCUCCGUAUAGUCUGACAGGUGAACACCGCGACAUUAGGGUAGGUAUCAUACGGAUAUUGAAGGGGGAAUCAGUUGGUAAAAAUUAUUCUAAAGAAAAAAAAAAAAAAAAAAAAACAGAGAUAGAGAGAGAGAUAGAGAGUGCGGGAACUGAUAAAUAUAUAAAUUAUAUUCUACGACCUUUGAGUAGACCAUACACAAUAUACAACAACAACAAGAAGAAGAAGAAGAAUUACGCGAAAUUAAAAGAAGGGGGAAAAAACGAGAAACGAAAGGAGAGUAACGCAGAGACGAAGAAGUCCUUUUUGCGUCACCCUGUUACCGAAUCAACGUGCUAUACACCAGCCACCCCAAUAAACGUUGGAACGGUGGUAGCCGAAGCGAAAACGAAACUCCUCGAGUAUAAGGUGCAGGACGACGUCUACGAGAAGGAUAACUAGGGGGAGGUGGUGGUGGAGGAGAAGGAGAAGGAGUGCGACGAGGACGAGGACGAGAGCGAGAGCGAGGAGGGGACCUGGACUUGGAGCGAAACAGCUUGGAGGCGCGCGUCGUCUUCGCCGGAUCAACCAUAACGCCGCCCGCCUUAAAACGUCCGAGGCGGGAACCGGUGGAGUCAUCGCCGCCCCCCGCUCGCCCUGUCGUCACAACAGCGGACAUCGUUCACUGCAUCAUGGACGCGCCGCUGUCGCAGAGCAUGGACUCCGUAAAUACCGCUACCGGCGAGGACGAGGUGCGCACCUUGUUCGUCAGCGGAUUACCGAUGGAUGCAAAACCGAGGGAACUCUACCUGCUUUUCAGAGCAUACGAGGGGUACGAGGGUUCCUUGCUGAAAGUCACCAGUAAAAACGGCAAAACGGCAUCGCCCGUUGGAUUUGUCACGUUUCACACAAGAGCCGGUGCCGAAGCAGCGAAACAAGACUUGCAGGGAGUUAGAUUCGACCCUGAUAUGCCUCAAACCAUUCGUUUGGAAUUUGCAAAGAGUAACACAAAGGUUAGCAAACCUAAGCAACCAGCCGCUGCAGCAGCCACCACCUCGCACCCCGCUCUGAUGCACCCUCUAACUGGACAUCUGGGUAGCCCAUUUUUCCCUGGAGGACCAGAACUAUGGCAUCAUCCAUUGGCGUAUUCGACCGCCGGUGAAUUACCAGGAGCAUUACAACAUGCAACUCUCGUCCAUCCGGCGUUACAUCCUCAGGUCCCCGCGCCGAUAUCCCUGCCACAUCCGACCACCCUGACAUCGAUCCACGCGUCGCUGCCACAUUUCUUGCCUUCACCAGCGCUGGCAUCCCCGGUAGGGUCGUCCUCGUCGCAGCCAAGCAUCGCUGUGAGCAACGCACCAUGUUCAACAUUAUUCGUAGCAAAUCUUGGACAGUUCGUAUCCGAGCACGAGCUAAAAGAGAUAUUCAACAGUUUCCCUGGCUUCUGCCGUCUCCGUAUGCACACCAAGGGAGGCUCGCCGGUGGCCUUCGUUGAAUACCAAGAUGUUCGCUACGCGGCCCAGGCGAUGGCCAUGCUCCAGGGAUCGUUCCUCCUCUCUUCUGACCGGGGGGCGAUUCGAAUUGAGUAUGCAAAGUCAAAAAUGGCCGAGGUCGGCUUUACAAAUCUCUGGACAGAAGGAACAAAGGGAGAUGAAAUUGGGCAAUCUUAAAAUUGAUGUGAGCGGAAUGUGACAAGUGCGCUAGUAGCCUCAUCGGAUACAAACGAUAUCGAUAACAGCAGAUUCUACGACCUCCUGGGAUGCGUUGUACGAACGGAAAAUGGUUGCGAUUCACUUUUUUCCAUUUUCAAAUAUCAGAGUGUAACGACUGAGGAACCGAUUGCAGACGCAGGUUAGUUAAUCGACCGUAUUGAGAGAAAAAAUCACAGAGCGAGAAAAAAUGAAAUCGCAGUACAAGAGAGAAAUGUAUACAGCGGUUCAGAGACGCAGCGUAUAUGUUACAACCUGGGUAUAUUCUAUUAUUUUCUAUCAUUAUUUAACUUAUUGGAUUCGUGGUAAUUUAAAUUUGUAUGCUUUUGUAUUUAUUUGAAGGGGUUAAUGACAAUUAUGAGGCCCUCCCCACAACCCUAUGUGACCUGACCCAACCCCGAUCCUUGACCUAAUUCUUUCCCAUGAUCCGAAGAGAGGCUAUCGAAGGAUAUAAAAUACGGUUGGAGGAGAUCUAUUAGUUUCAGUUACAUGUAAAAAGGCACUGUUAAAAUCACAACACACGUUAUAAAUGAUAGGAAAAUUGAUCUUAUUAACUGAAAGCACAUGUAUUAUUAAAGUUAUAUAUAUAUAUAUACACUUCAUAUAUUAACAUUCAAACAAGCUUAAUACCAAAGGUGCCCUAAGAAACGUGUAUUUAUGUUUAUCAUCAGCAUUGUGAAAACGUACGAAUAUAUAUCUCUUAACGAUGAGGAUAUAUCCCUACAUAUUUGAGAGAGGAGAGUGUUAUAGGAUAAUUAUAUAACGAAUGUGAACAUAUCAUAAUAUUAAGGUAGCGAAAAUUGUAAGUAAACUAUGAUCUAUGUUUAGUAGCGGAGGUGUGCCCCGAGAGCUAUAUAGAAAGAUGGCCAACUCGGCACGUAAUUUGCCCAAGUGCCUUCCUGUUGGUCGAGUCAUGGUACCGUAAGUCACGUCUUAAUAUCAAUGUCAGUCGUGUAGCUCUAGGCUCUGCCUAAACUCUCAUUAUUAAAAAUGAGACUUCGGGAAAAUACAGGAUUAAAAUUGUGGCAUAUCGGUUAUAUUGAAAUACCUAUACCUAUUAUUACAUAUUAUGCAUUACAUACAUAUUCAAUAUUGAAAAUUUUUAUCAAGCAAUAACGGAAUCACGUAUCGAUUAUUUCCAACGAUAUAGUCCUGUGGGUUUGAAACGAUUCUUUUCUAUAAUUUUCCAGCAAAUUCGUUCGUCUGAUCCGUAUAUACUCGUUACAGGUAUAUAUCCCUAAAAUUUAAGGCCAGUGACUUAUAUUUGACGCGCAUGAUGGCGGUAUUGACGAUAAUGUUCAAGGCAAUGCUAUACGUAUGUUUCAACAAACGACAAAGAAAUAUUUUCAAGACUGAUGACUGAAAAUAAUAUUAUGUCAGACUUGAAAUAUUAUAUUUAUUAAAUUAUUACUAUUGCCGUACAAAUAUUUCUGAUAAUUUCCGUUAUCAUCAAUUUCGUUGCCUUUUCACUUUCAACUGAACACCUGAGUUGCUCUUAUUUUAUCCCUUUUACUUUCUUCCUCAUUCACCACAGCAGUUUUUCUAUCAGACGGUCAUCCCAAAUAUCAUGUGGCUAUAUCUUUCUGCUGCAUAUUCUUUUUUUUAUUAUAAUUCUCAGAGGAAAAAUGAAUUUUCAAUAACGUAUAAUCAGCACAAAAUUUUCCACCAAUACAAAUCCACAUCACUUAUUCUGUUGAGAAUAACACAAAGGCGAGAACUUCUCACGAUCAUCUUACAAAAAUAAAAUAACACGUCUGAGCUAUGAUAAUUUUAUUUUUGUAUUGAAUUACUCAAUUUUGUUUUUAUUAACAACGGAUAUUUGCCGCUCACAUAUAUGCCGCAUGAUAUUUUGCUGCCACAUUCAUUAGGUAUGCAACGUCUAAACAGGAUCGAGUUUCUUAUUUUUAUAUUUCUGAAAACUGAAGACAAAAAGGCAAAGAAAGAACGAAGUGAAUGGCCAAUUAUUUGGUCCCAUCUUAAUACCGUCCUAAUGAUGUAUCUCAUAUUUUACUUUGCGAUAUUUUUCUAAAAACUCCGUUAUUUGCAUGCAUAUUAGAUACAUAUACAUAUCACUCGACGCAUCAACCGGUUAAUCAAACAAUUCAGAUAAAAUAUUUCAAAAUGGCUGACAUACUCGUCGUUAGACCGGUAAAAUAUACAAUAUCUACUUAGCCAAAUAUUCAAAGAUCCAGUUAAAUUGAGGACAGAAACACGGAUGGUUGAUUGAUAAUUGUAACAGUUUCCUAUACACAAAGAUAAGCAUUAUAUACAUUUUCAAAUUUUUAGUAACGAAAUGAUAGUAAGAAUUAACAGAAUGAUAAUAAUAGCAAUUAAAAAGAAAAAUUCAUCGAUUAACUUGCCUAACUAAGGCUUGUUUAUGAAGGUAUGGCAUGUACAGGCGGACGGAAGGAGCAAAUUUGAAAUUUCAGUGAUGAUGAAGAUAGUAAAGAGAAAAAAAAUUAUUAUAUCGCAUAUAAUGUUCAGAUGUAUUUUAUUUACAAUAACGAGUAUUUAAUGACUAUAUGAUAGGUAAAUGCUUUACGCGAUCGGGGCAGGUCAUUUUACAAGGCUAUUGAUUUUCAACAAAAUGUAGAGAAAAUGAAUAGAAGAAACAUUGCCCAAAUGGGGUAUGACAAGAUCUGGUUUACAUAAUAGGAAAGGGAAUUAACAAUGAAGCGUUUUUUGGAGUCUCUCGAAUAAAUCAACUACAAAAUUUGCGUCAAACGCCUCAAAAAAUCGACUCCAAAACACGAAAGCCUUCUGACUUCUUGUACGUAGCUGAUACACAGCCACAUUAUACACUAAAUAUUAUCUCUAGAUAUAUCCUAGUUAAUCAUUCAAAAAUUUAAAUUUACAGUAGCGAAUUGACAAUUUUUUAUUUAUAAGACCAGCCUUCGCGUUCACGCUUUCAUUAUUCUUAUUAUUCUUAUUAUUCUUAUUAUUAUUGUUAUUAUUAUUAUUGCCAUUAUCAUUAUCAUUAUGACUAUCAUUACAAUUAUUACAGUUAUUUAUUUGUCGCGAAUAUAAUGCAUACAAACCUUGAUUUAAUGGAAGAAAAAAAAAUUGAGCCUGUGAGUCCUGUUUGAGAAAGAAGGAUAUCCGUGUACAAUAAUUAUUUCAGUUGACAUCUUUUUGUCAUGAAGUCAAAAACAUAUCUACUAAACAUGAUAAUUUAGUGAAUGACCUAUAUGAACGUGCAUACCUGUACACAAUUAAUUGAUCCUAACAGUAAAUCAUGUACACCUACCAACUGAUAUUUUAUUUACAAGUUGAAAAAUUAGGGAAAAAAAACUGAUCGACUUUUUCUUUAAGUACUGUAGUAAUUAAUGAGUAAAUAAAAGAGAAAAUUUGAACAAAUUGAAAAAAAUAUGAAGAAUUAGAUGAUCAUUGACAAAUGAAAACCCGAUAUAUCUCCAACGUAUCGAGUUUGUUCGAGGUCUUUUUCAAAACUUACAAAAGUUUACUCUCGUUUGAGCUCGGCUAAGCUUAUAAUAUUAUAGACAAUUACUUGGAGGUAUUCUGGCGUUUCGUGAAAUAUCUAUGAAAAAAGUAACAUGAUGCAAGAAAAUAAAAAAAAAAAUAAAAAUAACUAAAUAGGUAUAAAGUUAGAGAGAAAAAAAAAUUUAGCAAUAUCGGAACAGGCAGUGUUCAGCUGUGAACACUUGCCAAUGAUGGCAACUCAUAUGAUGUAUGGAAUAUGAAUGCGGAUAUGGAAAUAUACAUGUACAAAUAUUUUGCACAUGUAUACAUCGAUAUUAUGCAUUUCGGCGUAGGAAAAAAAAUUAAAAAACGAAAAAAAAACAAAAAAAAAAACCAUACAAUAUUGUAUAUGUAAUUGUAACUUGUUAUUUAUAAUAAGUAGCGUAAAUUGUAAAUGAUAUAUUAUAUAUAUACAUAUAUAUCUAUAUACAUAGGUGAUAAGGGAAUAUAAUAAUUAUAUUCAAUCAAUGAAUUAAUAGGUUGAAUUUAAAGUGCUUUACAAGUGAACUAACUCAUAUCAGUAGAUAGUACGGCUAAAUGGAGUGGUAUUUGCAUAUAAGAUAUAAGGAUAUCGGAUUAAGUAAUAAUAUAAUAUAUUAUCAAUCAUAAAAGAAGGAUAAAACGUAAAAGAAAUGGAAAAUCAUAUAAAUAUUGAAAUAUUUAAUACUAAUGACGAUUCAUAUGGUAUACCAUAUAUCUAUAUAUAAUAUAUUAUAUAUAUAUAUGUGUAUAGCGUAUAUAGAAAACAAAUUUGCAUGUCAAUCAGAUAUUUUGUACUGUAGAAAUUCUAACAUCACGCGCGAGUUGUUUUUUCGAUUAUGUUCAACGUCGUACUGUACGAUAUGUACCUAUAUAUAGUAAGUACACACUCAUACCUAUAUUCAUAUACAGGCGUAUAUAUACGUUUUGAUACGAUGAACUGGUGGUAUACCGCGGAUCUCUUAUAUAUUAUAUACCAAAUUACAUUGUAUGUACAUAUAUCAAUAUACAUAUAUACGUACAUAUGAAAAAACGUAGGUAUUUAUGGAUGCGGGAGGUACAAAUAUUUCGCGAAUCGAUCUGCGCAUUUAUCGCGCACAUAAUUCACAUACACUCAGACCUAUAGUUUCAAUAUCACCGCGACGACAUCUUGGCAUUGAGCGUAUAUAUUUUUUAUUUUCUUCUUUUUCUCUUUUCUUUAUUAUUUAUUUAAUUUGUUUUUUUCGUAUUCCAUCCACAAACCACCCUCGUACAAUCGACUGCUUCUAUACUAUACUAUGUAUAUACACAUGCAACGCAUAGUUUACAAAUACGUGCCCGUAGCUUGUACACUUUUUCAUUUAUUUAUUUACAUGUAUUCCGUGCGCGUAUGUGACACAUAUGUACAUACAUUGAUACUGCAUAAUAUACAGGUACACGGAAUGGUACCAGGUGAAAGGCGCAGGAAUGAUAAAAGCAAUGUCAAAAGGCACGCGAACGAUCCGAGUCGAAACGUACUUAACAUUAUUACCUACUUGUAUACUGACGUUUAAAAUAUUAUAAAAUAGAAACUAGGGAUCCAAGUACAUAUUUUAUCGUAAAAAAACGAAUGUUCGCGGAUUUCCUGACUAGCAUUCGAUCAUACUUACAACAAUUCAUUAUUAUCGUACAUAAUAAAUAUUAAAAGCAGACAACAAGACACCAAAAAUGAAAGAGAAAAGAAAAUAUCACUGAUUCCAUGCUGAAAAUCAUCAUCGCAAUAGAAAAAUACCGCGAAAAUGAGAUAUGAAACGGUACAAAAUAUUAAAAAGUAUACUGAAAAUUAUUAUUAUUAUUACUACUACUACUACUGCUACUACUACUACUACUACUACUACUGCUACUACUACUACUAUCAUUAUUAUUAUUAUUAUUAUUAUUAUCAUUAUUGUCACUAUUAGUAAUUUUUUUCUCAUCAUAGUUUACCAAUUAUUUUUGAAAUACCUAUACUUUUUCGUUAGCUCAUCGUUUUUCGGUUUCUGCAACACUAUGAUAUGUAUUGUAUCCAUAUACAUAUAUAAUAUAUAAUAUGUAGGUAUAUAAUAUUUAUGUGCGUAUAUUAUAUAAAACAUAUGAAUGAGUAUGCGAAAAUAUCAUACUAAAGGUAAAAUUACCAAAGAUGUCAAUAUCGAUCCAAAGACUUGAACACCUCACGACAUUUUUAUUUAAUAAUAAAAAAAAGUAAUAAUGAUAAUAUUUCAUAAUUAUAAAGAAUAAGUAAAUUAAUGAAUAAUUAAAUAAAUGAUUGAAUAAAAGAAACAAAAAAAAAAAGUCGAAAAAGAGAAAAAACAAAAACGGAGAAAAAAAUCUAUAAAAAUGGAGUAAACGGAAACCCGACAAAAAAAAGUGGAAGAAGUACAUUAAUAAACAAAAAGUAAAGUAAACAAACAAAAACAUUAUUUUAGAUACAUGAAUAAUUGUAGAUAAGUAUAAUUACGAAUUUGCGAUAAUGUUUGGAUACUAAAAGUUAGUGAAUCACCGUAAAACUAUACGCAAACUUAUUGGGGUCCAAGGAAAGCAGCUUACAAUGCUCGUCCCGAAACAGAUAAUUUAUACAUAUCGUUGCAGCGUGCGGGUACAAUUUAUGCAAAAAAUAAAAUUGUAUACAACAUGCAUUCGGUAUAUGGAAUGCAUCUAUAUACUUGCUAGCUUAUACUUAAUUUAUAUCUAUUUGUACUAGGCUACUUAUCGAUUCUUUGAAGACUAUUCAUAAUUAUCCUGAAUUCUUAAAGGUUUUAUAAUAUUAUUAUCUUUUUGUUUUUUUUAAUUACUAUCGGCAGCACGUUUGAUCAUUUCAUUAUAUACAUGAAUCGCUAUAUUACAUAUUGUGUACUAAAUUCCGAUGACAGCUAUACAUGUAAUAUUACUUACCAUGUAAGACAUCGCUUUCGCACUGCCAGAGUAAUAAUUUAAUUGAACAGUUUUCUAAUUUUGUUCUUUCCUAACGAAUUAGGUAAUUACACAGUUAAACACUAUCUUACGUAAAUAUUGUAUCUCAAUACAUUUACGAUGAUCAAUUAAUAUGUCUAUCAUUUUAUUUAUUUAUCUACAUAAAAUUAUGCCGACGAAUGCGGUGCAUUUUCGUUUUUCAUGAGCAACAGAAGUAUUCGUAUUAAUCUAGCUUUCGAUUUUAAUAAAUUUCCUUUCAUCGUAUCGUCGAUUGUAUAGCUCUAUGAAUUGCACGUGAUAUCGAUACGGUAAAGCGACAUCAAUUAUAAAUUAAAAUCCAUAAUUAUAUCUAUUUAUUUAAAUUCGAAGCCUUACGCUAUACAUCGUUCGUUGGCGCCUGAAAGAAAGAGAUAUGAAAUUAAAUGAAUAAAUAAAUGAACAAAUAAAAAUUGAUGAGCUAAGAAAACUUAAAAUUAAAAAAUAAUGAUACUAAUGAAACAAAUGAAAGUAACACGUUUCUCGCGAAUCGAAAUGUUGUUGGGUGCUCUCAAUGGACUUUUAUAAAAUGCCAGAGACAAUUAUUAUUAUCUAUAUAUACAUGCAUAUUAUACUAUAAAAAUCUGUGGGAUAUUACUCGACGUAUUCACCAAAAUACUUACAACAUGUAUACCUACCUACCCAUAUGAUAUAUACAUACACACGUGCGUUUUAGAUUGCACUUUGGAUUUUUGUGAUCGCGUGUUACCAGCCAAUUUACCUUCGCGUAACACUACUUUAUUUUUCGUAUAACCAUAUACGUUAAAAUACCAUUUGAAUCGCGCAGGAGUCGUAACUUACAAAUAAUAUAUUUGUAUGUGGGUAUACGUGUAUGUAUUUUACGUAUGUACUACGUUAACUACAAUUCAAAAAGACAACGGCCCCCGCAACCGAUCAAUAAAAUGCGGGCCCCAACGCGCCCUGGCUCACAGUGGUCAAGGUACAUAACAAAUCGUAUCAUGCUAGAAAAAAGAAAAUUCGCUAAAGCUUGUUGAAUUAUUCACAUUUAAAUCGAUCGGUUACAGCUACGUUUUAAUCUUCUGUUUGUUUUACUAGUAUUUUACAAUUGCUUUUAUUUAUAUCUCGAUUGUUCUGUAAUCGAAAAUUGAAUGUGUCUACGUAAAUUAGUCUGAAUCAAAUACGCGCGGUCGAUUUGCAGGGUAUAAAUUAUAGAGGAACUCCGUCGCCUUGCGCAAUGUGAAGUUCGUUAGAAUCACGAAUAUACCAAUCAAUAUUAUUCUAGAGGUGUAUAAUAUUAUUCAUUUAUCUCCUGGAAUAAUUUCUUUUCAAUAGGAACCCGGUAUAAUAACUAAUUGGUCUAUUUGGCAUUAUUGUUUCUAUAUUUCAGUUCAUUUUUGUUGUACCUUGCCUCAAAGAUCUGAAAGAGAUGAUAUGCAAUAUGUCGUUGAAAAAUAACUUCUAUCCAUAAAUCCGUCAAAAUCAUUACAAUAGAUGUAUGAUCAAUUCAUUGUCAAUGAAAAAUCGUUCGUUAGUCCUGAAUAAAAAUUACUACUGAUACGACGAUUGAUUAUUUAUACUGAAUAACUUUAUAAUUCUCACACGGGGCUGUGACUUGAUAUACAAUUACAAUAUUCUAUUCUACCAUUCGUAGACGUCGGAUGCCGUGAUUCAAACGCGUACUAUCGUCGAAUAUAUUUUUAAUUAACAAUUUAAUUUUAACAAAAAAUUUAGUUACGCCCAUAGUUAUACCCACGCCAAUACAGAGAGUCAACGAUAAAAUCCCAAAUGUAUUUCAAUCGUUUCAUUUUUUAAAUCCCUACACUGACGAGAGAAGAGAAAACACAUUACAUAAUUAUACUAAAUUUUUCAAAGAGCCCACUCAUGUAUGUACCAGCGAAAAAGACGGAUGUCGUAUUUUCUAUAUCUUGUCUUGAAUCGAUUGAGAAGAUCCAAACGAAUACCGUUUUCAAAUUUCAUUGAUACAAUUAAAAAACGCCGCAUUUACGAUAUGCACGUGAAGUCCAUCUUUUCGACGGGUAAAAGUGAAAAUGCAAGAAAUCCUAGUAGAUCGUGUACAGAAUAUAUUAGACUUGUUCGUACACUAUAAUACAACGAUUGAAUAAAAAAAAGAAGAAGAAAAGUAACAAUUCGUCCACCUCAAGACGAUGGUAAACGUCAUUUAAUAUUCUCGUUCAAAACUGCGGAUUCUACAUAGAAUUAUUCUAUCUAUGAAUUCUGUUCCAUCCGAUUUUUAUUACAGUGAAUAUAACAAAUUGUGAUUCUCAUAGUUUUUGAAAUUGAUUGAAAUUAUUUUCAUACAUUUUUUUGUUCUUCUAUUUCUGCCGCAUUUCCAAAUACACCGCACGUUUUCAUGUAUCGUUUCUGUAAACUGGAUGAUCAGAUCACUUCAUGUCAGUUCAAUAAUAAUAAUCGUAACAAUAAUACCAAUACUAAUAAUAGUAAUAAUAACGAUAAUGAUAAUAGUAAUAAUACGAAAUAGUUAAUACAACAUCUUCGUGAUAAGCCCCCAAUUCUAUCUAAUAACAUAGACGACGCUAUGUAUAUUUUAUUUAUUUAUUUUUUUUAUUUUCAAUUUUUAAUAAUGUCAGUUAUUAUUACUAAUAAUAAUAAUAAUAAUAUAAAUAAUAAUAAUCUCAACAACAGUAAUAAUAAUAAUUAGUAAUAUUAAUAUUAAUAACAAUAAUAAUUAUUAUAUAAAAUAAUACUAAUGGUAAUGAUACGAUAAUAUCAAUAACGAUAUAAUAAAUAAUAAUGCGACUAAUUAUAACCAAUUUUAGAGAAUAGGUAUACAAAUUAAAUUAUAGCUGAUUAUCAUACAUCGUAUGAAAUUACGUUAAAGAAAUUUUAACAAUAUACUACAUCAAUUCAAUUUUCACGCAAUCUGCGAAUUCCAUAAUUGUACAGGAUGCAAUGUUGGAAUUGCAUUGUGUUCUAAUCAGAAAAGUUCGAAAAUGACAAAUAUAUGAUUGAUAGUUGAGAAAUAUGAAAUUUUAAGAAAAUAAAAAGACGCAUCGUGAUUUAUUCUAUGGAUUGAAAGAAAAAUAUUCAAGUUUUUAUGGUCGUCGAAUUCAAAUAUCAUGCGUAGGAGUCUGCGAAGCAUGGUUUCAAGAUGAAAAUUGACAUAUUAAAAAAGUUCAUGUGAAAUGACGAGAAAACAUAUCGAAGAGAAGGAAAUUUAAAAAAAAAGAUUGAAAGUAUGAAUUUGCCUGUUAAACAAUUGGAGUUAAGCAACACUAUGAUAUCAAUUAUUAUAGGGAAUCAUUAUAAUACACAUAAAAUUAAAUUAUAUAUAAAUGAUUUGAAUCUGUAAUUAGUUAUUAUGGUUUUAUAAUAUAUAUAUAGAUAUAUAUCAUCGUACGUUCAUUAAUCAUUUAUUAUACAGCUGUUACUGCAGUAUAACCAAAGUUCAAUUACAUCGCAAAAUAUAAUAAUGAAUAAAAUUUAAUAACGAUAAUUGUUAACAAUAAUAAUAAAAGAAGACAACGGUAAUCAAUUCGCCUUUUAUGGUUCGCGCAUAAUUGUUGAUGAGAGUGGGGAAAAAAAAAAAAAAAAUUGGAAACCUAAUGGAGACACACAAUAUGAUUCAAUUAAAUGCUAUGAUGUAUUUCAAUAUUAGUCACAUUCGUAGUCUGAAUAAAAUGAAAUUACUUAUGAGUAUGAAUGAAUAAAUAAUGAAAUUAAUUGAUUAGUUAAUAAAAUAGUUACUUUAUAAUUCGUAUUUGUUAAAUUAAGUUAAGCAUAAUAUAUAUACAUAAUGAGUAUAAAUUUGUAGAUUAUGUAGUAAGGCUUUUUGUGUGAGGUUAUUGUGAUAUUUAAAGAAAAAGAAAAAGGAAAAAAAAAAAACAAAAAAACUAAUUGAAAAACCAAGAAAAGAAAAAAAAUCUCUAUGAUCGUAGUACCGGAGUAAAAUCCGAUUAGUUAUUCCAGUAUACUGACGAGGCUUGAGUAAAAUUUUCUCUCCUACUUUCUCAAUGCAUAUAUAAACACUAUAAUAAAUAUUAUAUCAUGUAUAGCUGUGAUUCGCGCGAAUAAACGGGGGGUGGGUGAGGGGGGGCCGUUAAUUAAAUGACAAUCUGAGGCCUCGUCAAAUACUGCUGGAUAUAAUUGAUAUUUUGAAAAUCGAGCCUAGAAAAUAAUGAUAUGGAUUACGAAUACGGUAAUCAAAUUCAGAAUCCGAACGUAUAAUCACGUGCGUACAACGUCAUUUAUAUUUGCAGCAAAUGGACAAAAACAUUAAACGCUGCCCUCAAUUUUUUUUUUUCUCUUUAUUGCACCAAUUCUGAUAAAAAAUUCGAUACACGCGUACUUCAUAUCAAGCACUACAUAUAUCCAUAUUAUUAAUUUCAUGAACAGCAAGAUUUUCUAAAUAUCAAAGAAAAAAUAUAUCUGGGUGAAUCCGUCCAUACAUGUCUCGCCGGAGACAUUGCACAAAAUGUGCAUAUUAAUCAUUGGGACUACAAAAACAUAUCAUCAUAAAUAUGUAAUUUAUAAUAUAAAAUAUUAAGCAAUAAGAUUCUAUUUAUAUGCCCGUAAGUCUCACAAUACAUAUUACAAUUUACUAUAGCGAGUAUAAUAAUAAUAUCAAUAAUAUCAAUACUAAUAAUAAUAACAAUAAUAAUAAUAACGAUAAUAUUAAUAAUAUUAAUAAUAGUAAUAAUAAUAAUAAUAAUAAUAAUAAUAAUAUUAACAACAACAACAUAGGUAAAAUAAAACAUGCAUAUCAUAUAAGUAUGACUGGGCAAAAGGAUAGCUUAUCUGUAAUCUUUACUUCAUCAUUGUCAGGCGUUAAUGUUAAACUUAAUUACUAUUAAAUAAUUAGAUUGUGAAAGAAUUUCUUCAGGCUCUAAGCAAGAUUUGGAAAUAAUAAAAAGAACAAAAUACGUA